CAUUUCGUUUACAUGGAGACAGACUGCGGCGCCGCUCUCCAAGAAAAGUAGAGGGUCUAUUAUAGAUGGUGGCAGAAAUGUAGAAGGAAAACACAAUUCAACUCCAGAAGGAUUGCUGUAAACAUUUCAUUAUGAUGAAUAACAACUCAAUCCUGCCAGCUCAGUCUUUGUAAAUUGGAAACAGUUAACUUCUGACUUGAAAAUAGUGAACCCCAUAUCAUGGCCAGCCGGUUGCCCCCUCUUCAAGUUCAAGGAAACUGGGGUAAUGUUGCAAGGUCACAUGAGAAUAUUCAGGACUCUCCAUCUAGGGGUAACUCCCGGAAUUCCCGUAUGCUGAUAGAGCGUGCCUCUGAGUUGAAGGACGCCAUCGUCGCUCACAUGGUGGAGGACGAUGGGUAUCAUGACAUGCGGAACGAUCGACACAUGAGGGGGCUGUUGCAGGAACAUCUUCACACUGUUACCUUGGCUGUGAAAACUCUAAGCCAUGACAUUGAGAGUUUAGAGAACCAGCUCAGUGGACGUGACCAGGCCAGUGUUAUGAGCAACACCAUGAUGAGGAGUCUUGAAGUCCAGCAAGCCACUUCUGUCAAUGACCUUCGAUCUCGUGUAGCAAGAUGCGAUGCCAAUAUCUCAGUUCUAUCUGGAGACAUGAGGAAGAUGUACGAAACCCUCAGUACGCUGAUGAUGCAGAUGCAGACUGUCAUCGGGAACCAGACAAGGACAGAGAAUAUACUGGAAGAAAAGAUUUCAAGAUUGGGACAGAACAGCGAACAGCACCAAUCUGAUUACAGUGCGAGAUUAAGAUCAUCAGAAGACACAUUUCAGCAAGCCCUAAGUGCCUUGGAUGUCAAGCUCAAAAACCUGAUCAAAGAAACCCAUCAGACAGUGGAGUCCAUUCGUUCUCAAGGGUUUUCAUCACAGCAGAAGUUGGAGAAGGACAUGACAAUGACACUGGAAUCUGCAAGAUCAAAGAGAGACAAGAGGAUGGAUGAAAUGGAGGAUACCUUUAAGAAGAAGAUAGAUGCUCUGGAAAAGCAAUUGGAGAAGUUGGAAGCAGACCAACGAGAAGCAAAGUCCCAUGUCUCCUCUGAGCUCAAGGACAUGAGACGAGAUGUUGAGGACUCCUUCCAGGCCGAGCAGGUUAGACUGGAGCGUAGACUGCGAGCCUUGAUCGAGGAGUUCAGGAAGGAGAACUCUGAGGGGAUGAAGUCCCUCGGUGAGAGCUUGACGAGCCUCAGAGCUGUCCUGGAAGGCAAGCAGACAUUGAUUGCUGAGGAGAUCAGAGGAGAGAUGGCUCACAUGAAGAAACUUGUGGUCGUGACUUAGCUUGGUAAAUCAU